UUGCUAGAAUCCGAUACACUGCUAUAGUUACAGUAUAGCAUCCCGAGGAAUUCUGUAGCGAUUCCCCGAGACAACCGCAAUUGAACAACUUUUGAAUCGAAACCUCGCUUGAAUAUUUAAAUCGCAUAAAAAAAAUAAUACAACAAUUGACAUAUCUUUCCCCCCUUCCGACUUCGUUCCGCAUCUACAUCUUUAAAUGAUCUGCACACUAUGACGGCACCGACGAUGCAGCAACCAGUCAUCCCUCCUCGUCCGUCCAAGAGCCCGGCCAAGGACCUCUUGGCCGCCACCUCUACUCCUCUGGUGCCGCCGCGACCGACCAACAAGCGCAUUGACCGCUCAAAGUCUCCCAACCCCGAUCGAUUCGCCCAGUCGCCUUUUGCCGAUGGCCUCAUAAGCCCUCUUGCGGCUCAGUUCAGCCCAAGUGACGGCAAUGACGGGAUUCUUGAUCACCACGAGAGCGUGGCGAUGCCCUCUGUUGGCGAAGAAGGCCUGGAAUACAGCGUCAUCACCUCUGAGCUUCAGGGAGAGGGCACUGAGGACGCAGAACAGACUCGCUCCGUCGCCCAGGACCUCAAGCUGCACGCCCCCAAGCCGUCCUUGCCAGCUUCGAGUGCUAAAGAGCGACUCAUGACCGUCACUCGUACUGAUUCGGACAAGGCAGCCUCCUUUGGCAUUGGAAAGCCUGGACACCUUGAGGGACGAUCGGUCUCCCGAAAUGGCCUGAAGAAAAAGUCUAGCACAAGCUUCUCCACCACCAGCGAGCAAGAUCACCAGCUAGAUGACGAGCAUGGUAUCCCCGAAAUUGGCCAGCGAGUUCCCAUGAAUCCCCAUCUGGGAGACGUCCAAGCACCAUCGCCUGCCCCGACCUCGGACGGAAACGGCAAGCAUCAUACUCGCAAGCACAGCUCCCGUGGCCUCCCCCCUGGAAGCUACGGAAUGCACGGCCAUGGUGUCGAGUCGCAAGACGAGCUUGACAAGGCCUACUACAAGAAGCAUCCCGAAUUGUUGCAGAGAGAGCAUCACACUCCGCUGCACGAUCGCCAGAAUGACUUUGCCAUGAGCAGCAAUGAUCUCAACAAGCUGGUUCGAGAAACAGCCAAGCGUAGAUCUGGCAUAGAUUUCAAUGAAUAUGAGGGAACCCCCCAUGACGAGGUUGCGUUCCAAGCUCAUGAGGAGUAUGCCAGCCGUAUGGCCACUCCGCGCCCUGUCUCUAUUGUGUUAGACGGAGGUGCUCCGCUGGAAGACCCCGGAGCGUCUGAAGAUAAGCCCAUCCAUGUAGACGAUCCUAAGCAUCCAGAGCAAUACUCUUAUGGUGCCGAGAGCCCCGUUGAGACCCACGGGCAUGAUUUUGAAGCGCCAAUCCUUGCUGCGGACGAGAUCGAGAAGGAUGUUCAGCGACCUGCACAGCAUCCGGCCAUUCGCCCACACCUUGACCGCAAUAGCAGCUCGUAUGAUGGCACAAGCCGCCCGACUAGUCGCCCAAGCAGCCGCCCGACGAGUAUCUACAACUCUCUCUCUCUCAACGACUUUGACCAUACUCCACUGGAAGAUGUGCGAGAGUACGAGCCUCUGUUCCCUGAUGAGGCCGCAAAGAAGGAGGAAGAAGAGAAGCGUCAGAGCAAAGACGGAUCCAAAGCACGCCAUUACUUCCCCAGUAAAGACGUUUGGGAGGAUGCGCCAACCAGCGUUCAUUACACGGCCGAGGUAUCAACCCCUGAUAAUGCGGAAGAGGAGACGGAGGAAGACCAGCAGCGAAGGAAGUCGUCGGCGCACCAUGAAAACCGUCCUAUGACUCCGGCGCAGAUGUUCGCCUUGCAGCAAGAACAGCUCGCGGAGAAAGAGGCAAAUGGGAAAAAGCACAACUUCUUGCCCAUUCUGGAACACAAGCCCCCGUCUUGGGUGGAUCACCAACCCCAUCUGAAGACUGGUAAACCGAACCGGUUUCCAAGCAAGGAUGUGUGGGAAGACGCUCCAGAGAGUCUAAUGUAUGAGGCCGAGGUUGAGGAAAAGCCAAAGGAUGAGAAGAAGCCUGAAGUCCCCGCUCGACCCUCCAAGAAGUUGACUGAAUUGCUAUCACACAAGCCUGCCGUUCCUGAACGGCCAAAGUCAAGGCCACAAGUUGGGGCUGCCAGUGAAGAUGCGGCCAAGCCGGUGAUACCUAUUAGGCCCGUAAAGAAGGCUUCGGGUGACUCAAAGGACGGGGACGCCCCCAAGCCGAAGCCUCCAGUUCCAUCUCGCCCUGCCGGUGGCAAGAUCGCCGCUUUGCAAGCUGGAUUCAUGAGCGACCUGAACAAGCGCCUGCAGCUUGGGCCUCAGCCUUCAAAGAAGGAAGAGGCGGAGAAGCCCGAACCUGCAGAGGAAAAGGAGAAGGUUCCGCUGUCCGAUGCUAGAAAAAGUCGGGCUAGAGGACCGCAGCGCCGUGCCCCAACCCAGAGCUCGGCUCCAGCUCCCGCCGCGGCUGCGACGAAGGAAGCCACGCCUGCUUCACUCUCUAUUUCCCUGCCACAGACAAUUUGGAACAUUGAUCCUGAACAUGGUGGUGUUCAUGUUGCCUCUGAUUCUCUUGAGCCCCCUUCAAAGGAAGCUUCUGAAACCGUAGUGGAAUCAGAAAAGCUACUACCACAGCCAACAGAGAAUGAGAAGCCCGCUGAAUCAGAAAAGCCUAAAGCGGAAGAGGAGAAGGAACCAGAGCCUCCUGUGCAGCCGGUAGAAUCGGAAGUCCCCAAGGAAUCCGCAGAGCCUGCAGCAUCUGAGACGGUGCUGGCGCCAGAGCCUGUGGUGCCGGAGCCUGUGGCUGAACCCGAAGAAACCAAGGUCCUCGAAAGCGCCAAAGAGCCUGAAAAGGUCGAGGAACCUGAGGAGACCAAGGAGACUGCAGAACCUGAGAAGCCAGAGGAAAUCGCAAAGUCAGAUGAGCCUGUGAAGGAAGAAACCAUUGCGGCGAACACGGCUGGGGAGAGCAUCUUGGAGGCGAAGGUAGAGCAGAAGGGCGAUGAGAUAGAGCCGGUGGAGGUGAAAGAUGAGGUAAAGGCUUAGAGUAGUUGUCUUGAUUGCGGCUGACACUGGGUGUUUGUGCAUGACUGUACCGUUGGGGCUUGUUUCAUUUGGUCUAUCUGGUAAUAUAUCUGGACCUUUUUCCGUU